AUGUUCAAAAAAGACAUCUCUCCCGGUGCAAAGUCGAAAGUCAAGUCCUCCGUCCAGCGCGCCAUCCGGACGAAAAUCACCGAGACGUAUCCUCUCCUCGUGCCGCAUAUCGACGAAAUCCUACCUAAAAAGGAGCAGCUCGAUCUCGUAAAACUACCCGACCGCGUCUCCCUCUACGCCCUCGGCAGCACCCCGCUCUUCUGGCAACACAUGGACGACCCGCUCCUCCCGCACCUAACCCUCGUGCACAAAUAUCCAACCUGCUUCCCGCUCCUGCGCAUCGACCGCGGCGCAAUCCGCUUCGUGCUCUCCGGCGCCUCGCUCAUGGCACCUGGCCUGACGUCCCCGGGCGGCCGGCUACCGAAGCAGAACGACAAGGACGGUGUAGGGCCUGAGGAGUAUCGAUAUGGGAACGAGGAGCUGGAUGAGGGCGAGGUGGUGGUGAUAGAGGCCGAGGGCAAGGAGAACGCGUGUUUGGUGGGCGUGCUGAGGAUGGGGACCAAGGAGAUGAAGGAGAAGAAGAAGGGGGUUGUGGUGGAGGGGGGCCAUUAUUUGGGGGAUGGGCUCUGGAAGAUGGGGUUGGAUUGA